AUGUCUUGUCCAAACACACUCCCUGCCUCAUGGUACACCAGUAAGGCCAUUGCUGGCUUAGAAAGGCGUGCUAUAUUCGACAAGACCUGGAUCUAUCUCGGUGUUAUCACACGAUGGUCCGCUGACGGCGAGGACUGUUUCUAUGACAUGGGGCAGUUCAAAUUCACCAUUCGACGUGAGUCACAAGACUGGAACAGCAUUCAAGUCUUUACAAGUGACGGCACUCAAAUGCGUCAACAUAUCACCCGGACCGGCCUCCUCUUUAUAACUUUCUCUAGUUCGACACCCGAGUUCGACGAGUACUUUCCUGGUCUCGAAGAUCUCAUUGCGACAGUUGACUUCACCACAUUUCCUUUCAGAAGAAGCCUCAAAUACAUCGGAAAGUAUAAUUGGAAGACCCUUAUUGAUGGGUUCCAAGAGUGCCUUCACUGCUCCUUUGCGCACCCAUCAUUCUCCAAGAUUUACGCGCCGACUACAUACAAAGUUCUCAACGAGAAGUACUUCUCACGUCAUCUAGCUGAAGCAGGUAAACACGACAGCCCGAGUGAUGGUCUUUUUCUUUACUUCUUUCCCAACUCUACAUUGAAUUUGUAUGGUGGUGGUAUCUCGUCGUUCCGAACCUGGCCGACAGACGAUCCGUCUCAAACAAUCAUGCAGUUUGACUACUAUCACAAGUCACCUGUCGAAACGCAGGAUUUUGAGAAUUAUUACAAAUUCGCCCGGAGUGUCGCAACCGAGGAUAACGAUCUUUGCGAAAUGGCUCAGAUGAACCUGAAGAUGGGGAUUUAUACUGAGGGCAUAUUGAAUCCAAAUAAAGAAAAUGGCGUGAUCCAUGGCAGGAGACGGCGACCCAGGUUGGACCAGCCUGAUAUCGAAUUGCGAGCUUCCCAUUUAGAUGAAGCCGAGCUCCCCAUCAGACGUGAUUCUGAUGAUCAUGGCGUACUGAGCGGUCUACUCAUUCAAUCCGAAUUUCCGUCCCGAGAUCCUUUCAUCCCGCAAUCUCAUACAGCCCAGACUCCUGUUGAACAAGGGUCUCGAUGCGAGUUUGUCGACUAUGGAACCAACUUUGAUGAUCUUUCAUUGGAGAUGGCCUUUGAUAUAACCGAAGACCUGGAUGACCUUUACCACAUUCUUGCCGGUCCUGAUUCCUUCGAUGCGCAACCAGUCCAUCACGAUAUCUCACAGCCAGAUUGCCCAACAGAGCCUGGGGGCAUUAUAACGGGGCCGCUUGACACUGAGCAGUCACAACUUCCAUGUGUCAACUUAGAAGAUGAUGACAUCUCCCUAUCAGUAUUUCUGCGUACAAAUCCUUCACAUCUUGUUGAAGGAACAACAGAAUUUCCGGACCUUUGUAGAGACGUUGAGUUUGGGGAAACAGGUAGUGAAGAUGAUGGGCACUCUCCGUCAAGUCCAAGGAGUCAUGUCAGGUCGCCUGUUUACAGGGUUCCCCAACUCCAUAGUGACUCUCCAGAGAACAUUUCUGUUCUCUUUGAUCGUCGCAUAUGCGAGGUUUUAUGCAUCAAGGACAGCUCAACCGGGAAUCCUUGGCGAAAGAUCGUCUGGCCCAUGGCUAAGGAGCACACUGCGCUUUAUCAUGCAAUCGCGGCCAUGACAUGCUUUCAGGGAUUCAAUAAUCUCCCUCAACAUCGAGCCAUAGGACUAAGACAUCUCAGCCAUGCAGUCCAACAGCUCACAGUCAUGGAAUCUAGCGAUUGCAAGCCCGAGGCAACUAUUAGUACGACGCUGGCCGUGAGCCUAGCUCAAGCCUGGUGCUACCCUCGAUCUUCUACGACCACGAGUUACAUAAGGAAAGGAGCCGAGCUUCUUCGAAAGGCACUAAUAGAACAUCAGUCUUCUCAGCGUCCCAGGAGUGAGCUGAUUGGCUUAGGCUUUCUCUCAAAUACCUGGAUAUAUAUGGAUACCAUAACGCGCGUUACAUGUCAUGACGGAAACAUCAUGGACUUACCGCUCAUGUCGGAUUGCAGCUUAUUCAGCUCCACAUCUUUGGGCUCCACGGUAGAUCCUCUCAUGGGAUGCGCUGGGCCACUGUUCCCUCUUCUUGGUGGCGUAGCUGAUCUUGUGAAUCGGGUUCAGCGAAGCCAGGAAAAGCUUAACUCGCCAGCGGUUGUCUCCGCGGCAGUCCGUCUCAAAACUUCAAUUGAGCGAUGGGAACCCUGCACAGAACUGGAUGAGGAGACCCAGGAGGCUCAGCUAUGUUCAAGCGUGAUUGAUCUGAUACAAACAGCUAAUGCGUAUAAGUGGGCAACCUUGCUGCUUCUUCACCAAGCGGUGCCGGAGCUUCCGACACAAAUUCCGUUACAGGACAUGGCCCGAAAGGUCCUGAACCUUAUAGCGACUGUACCGGAAGACGCUCAUGCAGCUAUAUUUCCCGUGAUGCCGCUGAUGAUUGCGGGUUGCGAGGCUACCGACAUUGAGGAUCGGAACUGGGUGUCUGAAAGGUGGGGAGUUUUGGGUUCUCGACUUACCUCGGGACUUGUCAACAGAUGUUUGGAAAUUACAGCAGAGGCUUGGAAAAGACAUGACAAGUCAUUUAAGGCCACUCAUGUUGACCUGGCUUCCUCUAGCCGUUCAUCCUCGACAACGAAGCGCGAAAUACAUUGGAUGAAUGUCAUGAAGGACUGGGGUUGGCAAGAAAUGAGUAUGGUGUACACAAGAAACAAGCCGGGCACGUAUGUUCCCCCCGACCAAGAUCUUACUGCCAAUUAUCCCACAAUGAAGUACUAA